AUGGCUUCGUUACGCUUGACGACUGUGCUUGCUAUCACGUCUUUCCUCGCUUCCGUUCAGGGAGCACCAUUAGCCCAGAAUACUCAGAAACACUGCUCAGCAACCUCACACUGGCCAGGUUGGAACAAACUCCAAUAUGCAUUUGUCUUUGGGGACUCUUACACGCAGACUGGCUUCGAGACGAAUGGUACUCAACCGACACCUACCAAUCCACUUGGAAAUCCUACCUAUCCAGGCUAUACUUCUUCCAAUGGUCCGAAUUGGGUAGACUAUCUCACAGUCAAAUACAACAAAUCUGCCGUGUUAACGUAUAAUUUGGCGUAUGGAGGAGCCACCGUCAACUCCGCUCUUGUAGCACCUUAUAAGCCAGAAGUUUCAUCUAUUGCCAAUCAAAUUGAGAAUCAGUUCUUCCCCACCUACGCAGGAAAGCCAGGGAUAGCUCCAUGGUCAUCUGACAACACCCUUUUUGCUCUUUUCGACGGCAUCAACGAUGUUGGUAAUUCGUAUUUCCUUGGAGCUCCGGCAACUGCAAACCUUAACGAACGAAUCAUGGCAGUUUAUCACGGUCUAGUAGAUGAGCUCUACUACAUUGGCGCUCGUAAUUUUGUAUUCCUGAAUGUUCCACCUGUGGAUAGAAGCCCAUUGUCGAUUUCCGGCGGGGCUGCAGCGCAAGCCCUGGAAAAGCUUGAUAUUGCUGAUUGGAAUAACCGUCUUGCGGCACUUGCCCAAAGCCUCAAGAAAACCUUCACGGAUGUCAAUGUUUUCACAGUUGACGCUCAUGGCCUCUUCACUAAAGUCUUAGAUAAUCCGAAGAGGUUUCCUCAGACAUCUGUCUACCACAAUACCACUGCUUAUUGCGUCGCGUACGAGAACGGUACGCCGACAUCAAAUUACAGCGAUCCAUCUUGCUACAUACCUGUCAACGAGUAUUUCUGGUUGAACUCAUUACAUCCUACUUAUCCUAUGCAUGACGUUUUGGCACAGGGGGUUGCGGCAGUGUUGGAAUCAGGACCCAACGUUUGUUAG